AAGUGAUGGUUGGAAGGAGCGUUAAUGUAAAUGCCACUUCAAUACUGCUGUACACCACGCUAAGAAUAUGGGGCGACACCCAGCGAAGAAGAGGAAGUAUGCACGUGAUACCAAGGAGGGCCAAGCAGCCAAAAUGGAGGUGAAAAGUGACCAGAAGACAGCAAAAGUCAAGACCUCUGACAGACACUUCAGCAACAGGGACUACGGAAGGCUGGUCUGGGGUAAGAUUGCUGGCAGCCGCACCUGGCCAGGCAUCAUUGUUCCCCAUUAUGAAUGUGGGGUGAGGGCUCCAUCUGCAGAGAGAGUAUGGAUAUUCUGGUUUGGAGACAAUAGAGUAUCUCAGGUGCCUCUAAGUAAAUUGUCAUCCUUCAAGGAAAAUUUUGGAACAUUUUAUGUUUGUGCCAGAAUCCCAAAAUUUCAAACGGGAAUCACUGUUUGCAUUCAGGAACUUCAACAUCAGUCAGGAUUACCACAGGGAAACUCAGAGGAAGCUUUGCGACAGUGGGCUAAUGAAGGUUUUCCUAAUGCUGCAGACUAUAAAAGACAUGCAGCUGUUCCAUUUUCAUCAAAGGUUGUAAAAUAUCUUGGUUACAUAAAGAAAGCUAAAAAUUUAGGAGGUCAUUCAAGUGACUCCAGCGAUAGUCUCUUCCCAGUGACAUCAUCAUCAUCAUCUGACUCAGACUCCUCAGAUGCUGAUGAGCGGAGAAAAUGGAGACCUAAAGCUUCCUUUUUGAAAUUGGCACGCCAAGGGAAGUACGAUAUAGAACAGCUCUGUAUUGCAUGCCACCGAACUGACUGUCAAAUUGUUGCACCACAUCCUUACUUUGUUGGAAGUGUUUGCAAGAUUUGUGAGACUGAUUUGGAUGAGAAUUCUAAGGAUAUGGAGGCAGGCUUGAAUGUGCGUUGUGUAGUGUGUGCCAGCCCAGGCAAGUUGUUGAUUUGUGACUCAGCAGAUUGUGAAAGAGUUUUCUGCUUUGGCUGUGUGGAGCUAUUGGUGGCACCCUCUGCAGUAAACCGCAUAUUGAGGGCCAGUCCUUGGUAUUGCUUCCUGUGUGAGCCCUUUAACCCUUGUACUCAUGGGCUACUGAAACCAAGGCCAGAAUGGAGAGAAAUGAAUCCUAGCAAAAAACCUGCUUCAUGGAUGAGCAAUUUUGAAGAAGAGGUACCUGAUCCGUCAUCUUUCCCCAAGAAGCCCUUGAGAGUUCUAUCAGUCUUCGAUGGCAUUGCCACUGGAUUGGUGGCUUUGGAUAAACUCGGUCUGGAAGUUGAGGUGUACUACAGUUGUGAGGUGGACGAAAAGGCAACAACUGUGGUGGCAUCAAACUUUGGAUCACGCGUCACAUUGCUCGGCAAAGUUGAGGAACUGACUGAAAAAAAAGUGAAUGAGCUGUGCCCCAUUGAUCUCUUUAUUGGUGGGUCACCAUGCAAUGACCUCAGUUUUGUGAAUCCCAAGAGAAAGGGUCUUUUUGAUUUUUCUGGAACAGGUUAUCUCUUCUUUUAUUUCUACAAGAUUCUGAACAUUAUCCAGAGGUUCAACAAGGAGGUUCAUCUUUUUUGGAUGUUUGAGAAUGUCAAACAUAUGCCACACAUCUAUAGAGAGCAGAUAAGCUUCUUCUUGGAAAAACCUCCAAUUGUAAUUGAUGCAAGGUAUUUUUCUCCCCAAAGUCGACCACGCUGCUUCUGGGGAAACAUACCAGGAAUGUCCAGACAUGUUCCUCCACAGCUAGAAUGUAACCACAAGCUAAAUCAGUACAUUGAUAAAAUUGGUAACCGGAAAGCUGUAGUGGAUAAGCUAAACUGCAUCACUACAAACUGUACCUCUCUUCGGAUAAGAUGUGGAAAAGACCUGCCAGUCAAGAUGAACAACUGUGGAGAUAUGCCCUGGAUCACAGAGUUAGAAAAGAUCUUUGGGUUACCUCCACACUAUACAGACAAUGGGAACUUGACAGUGAGAGAGAGACAUACUCUCUUAGGACGGGCAUGGAGUGUCCCUGUUAUUCAGCACAUCUUUGAGCCUCUCUGCCAGUACUUUCCUUGCAAGAAAGACACUUCAGAAAUCAUGGAGGAAAAAGGACUAAAAAGGGAGUGAAGAAGCAUAGAAAGUUCUGUUCUCUCACGUAAUAUCUCUGCAAUGAUGAAAAUGUCCUCACUGAGAUAAGCUGUAUGGCAGAUUUGUGUAAGGCUACUGCUUUUCAAUGCCAUUUGUUAAGCCUGUAGCAGAAAAGAGCUCAAAUAGUAUUAUGUUAAGGGAAAUGGCUAAUAAAUAUCCAAAAUUUUUAGUUACUAUGCAUAUGAAACUUUUUGAAGUGAGGACCAUCACAUAGGUAAGUGCUAUGAUCUUUAAUUCCAUGUUCUCCCUCACACUUACCACACUGCCACAUCUCUUAUUCAAAUACUUCAGAAUAGGAUGUUUAGAAAUCUGUACAUUAUUGAAUUUGAACUGUCUUACUUUACUUGUAACAUUUAUUUCUAAGUCUUAGUUUUAUUGAAAUCUGCUCAUAAUCACUGAGGAGAUAUAUUUUGAAAUUGAAAAAAAUCUUGUUUAGAGAUAUGGGCCAUUAAAUUUUUUAUUAGUUUUUAAGACUCUUCUGAUCUUUGAGCUGUUCCAUUGUCAUAAAGUGCUCUUCAUAUGAAAACAUUUUUUUUUUUCUAUUGUAAGCAUGUAGGACCUGCUGAAGUACAGAAGGUUAUUUUUAUCUUUGGGUCCUGGUCUUCUGAAAUUUGUAUUUAAAUUUUUCUCUAUGUAUAUUUUCUCUAUUAUAAGCAUGCAUGACCUGCUGAAGUACAUUAGAUUAUUUUUAUUUUAGAGUCCUGCUUGUCUUUUUUCUCAGAUUUGUUUGAUAAGUUUUGAGAGAGUGUCAUAACUUCCUAAGUUUCUCUUUACUGCCAAAUUGUCUCUAGAAUCUUUAAAGUUCAGAAGGUUAUUUUUGUUUAAGGCUCCUGGUGUCCUCUCAGAUUUGUAUUAUUAGUUUUGAGAAUGUCAAAACUUCCUAAGCUUCUUAUUGCCAGGUUGUCUUUCAAAUCUUCCUGUAGUAUAUGUUUUCAUAUAUUGCUGCUUUUUCAUCGCUUUAUUCUUAAUUAUGCUGUGAUCAUUAACUGGUUAUUGUUAUCUUGUCUUCUGUUUCUUUGAAUAAUAAUGACCUUAUGGAUCUCGGUGAAUCCUCUUCCUGGAAAGAUAGAACAGGUGGAAGUAGGAAGUGGAAAGAUGGAACCAGUGGAAGUAAUGCUCAGGGUGGUAGGCCUUCGAGGUGCAGCUUGCAGGUUGAGUGGGUGCCAUUUGCCACAUAAGGUAGUAACAAGCCAUGAUGCAAAGCUGCUGAGGCUAUUUUUUUUUCUUAUUUAUUUAUUUAUUUUUUAUUUUUUUUUCCCAGGAAGUUGCCUCUUCCUUUUGGGUGUUUUGCACAUUGCACUGCACCCAUACAUACUGAUUUCACCAUUUGCAGAUUUGUGUAUUAACAAACUUUAAUUUUAUUUGCUCACUUUCACUGAAUUUUUGUCUGUGAGCUGUGAGAGUAGAGUGCGAAGGUCAUUUGCCUUCCAAGUGAAGAAAACAAGAAAGUGGAAGGUGUUUAGCAGAUGUAAGUGUUGAAUAUUGCCUUGGAGUAUGUGUGACAGUGAAUCAUAUUCAUUGCCAUUGCUACCACCACCACUCCCACAUUUAUUCCCAAGUUGUAUUUAACACUACAUCUGCUGAUAUCUUUCUGGUUUCUUGCCUUGAAAUGAUUUUUUUUUUCAGUUAUAAAGUAAAUUUUGUUCUCAGCCGGUCAUAGUUCAUGGGUAAGGAUUGCAGACUAAUGAAAGUAAAAAAACAGCACAGGAUCCUCCAUAUUGGAAGACAAAGGUGAGGAUGGGCAUCAAAGAAUCCAUAAGAUUGGAAGGCUGAGCUGCCACGUGCAGAUGUUUCACAGCAUUUAAUUGAAAAGACUAAUUCUGCAGCACAAAAACAUUAAUAAUGUACAAGGGAAAUCAAGAGAGGAUAGGGAUUGCGUUUCAGAGCAUAACUUGAGAUAUGGUGAAUGUCGGUGUAAAUCUUAACAUUACGAUUAAAUGAUGCAACUGUACCUUCAAACAUGUGACAUCUUUUUGCUUAGCCAGCUGCAGUAAUGAGUGUUUGAUAUCUGUAGGUAUAUGGUACAUCAUAAAGCCUUUACUUUUUUUUUUUUGUCAAGGCUGCUUGUUUGUUUAAAAAAUAAAGUUAAUUUCAGUC